AAGUUACGGCAUCGAGCCUUUUGAAUCGUCGCUUUUUGACGCGACGCGCGUAAUUCUCGGAGCGAUCGGCUGUCGAUUUUUGUAGUCCUGUGGUGAUUCGCGCGAAAGAGAGAAAGAGAGACACUGCGAGAAAAAAAAAAUUGUUUAGUGUCGGUAGACGAAUAGAGGUUUGAGUCAUUCGUUAGUUAACACACGCACUCAACACACACGCCGCACGGUAGACGACGCGCAUAAUAUUCUUUCGAAACUACAAAUAUGUUUAUUUGGGACUGGUUCGCCGGAGUGCUGAAUUAUCUCGGAUUAUGGAAGAAGAGUGGCAAGCUUCUUUUUUUGGGUUUGGAUAACGCAGGCAAGACAACAUUGCUUCACAUGCUCAAGGAUGAUCGUUUAGCUCAACAUGUGCCCACAUUGCAUCCAACAUCUGAAGAACUAUCUAUUGGAAAUAUGAGAUUCACAACCUUUGAUCUUGGAGGCCAUACUCAAGCACGUCGUGUAUGGAAGGAUUACUUCCCAGCUGUUGACGCGAUAGUAUUCCUCGUUGAUGCGAGUGACAGGACAAGGUUAACAGAAUCAAGAGCUGAGUUGGAUGCUUUGUUGACUGACGAACAACUCAGCACGUGUCCAGUUCUCGUGCUAGGCAAUAAAAUAGAUAAACCAGCUGCUGCAUCUGAAGAUGAACUCAGGAACUUCUUCAAUCUGUACGGACAAACAACGGGAAAGGGUAAAGUCCCUCGCAGCGAGAUACCCGGCCGUCCACUGGAACUGUUUAUGUGCUCAGUCCUGAAGCGACAGGGAUAUGGGGAAGGCUUCCGUUGGCUUGCACAGUAUAUAGAUUGAACGUAUAUAUUAUUACAUUCGUGACAGACAGAUUCUCGACAGUUUCAUCAUACAUUUCCCUUUCCUCUGGUAAUGGUGCCGAUAACGGAAUUGUCAUAUUCACGUGAAUUCAACAGUAGGAGAGGAAUACCGUUCAUCGAUUCCCAAAAUAAAAUUCGAAUAAACAGUAAUUGAAAUUUGAGACAAUUUUCACAAAUAGCUACGAAUAUUCUCGAGAACAUUGUACACGCGAGUGAUAGGACUGAUUUCUUUGACGCUGACAAAGCCCUCUCUCUGAAUAUUUCAAAUCCCGUAAAUUACGUGGAAUCCUAUCAUUUUGCGAGUCACACUAGGGGAAUAAUCAUUAACACGUGCUGGAGAAUGAAAUAAAAACGUUUUUUGAUAAAUAAAGCUAAUAAACUAUUUAAGAAUUCCAA